GGGCCAUGGCGGGGAGCGGCGGAGCCGGGGCGGCCCCGCGGGAGCACCGCCUGCAGCCCGGGGACACCCUGCAGGGGCUGGCGCUGCGCUACGGCGUGACGAUGGAGCAGAUCCAGCGCGCCAACCGCCUCUACUCCUCGGACAGCAUCUUCCUGCGAGCCACGCUGCUCAUCCCGGGACAGCGCGACAGCCCCGGCGACACCGGCGGGGACACUCCCGGUGACACCGGCGGGGACAUUCCCGGUGACAUUCCCCGUGACACUCCCGGUGACAUUCCCGGUGACAGCCCCGGGGACGGCCCCGGCCGCUCCCGGCGCGACCUCUCGGCCUCGGAUUUCCUGCGGCGCUUGGACGCCGAGAUCGGGCGCUGCAAGGAGGCGGCGGCGCUGCGGCUGCAGGGCCCGGGCCCCAGCCCCGCGCCAGCCGGGGGUGGCCCCGCGUCCCCCCGGGUGUCACCGACUGUCCCCGCGUCCCCUCGGGGGGCCCGGCUGGGACCCCGACCCCUCACCAGGACCCCGCGGGCGGCCGCGCUCAGGGACAGCGAGGACGAGAUCUUCACCUUGUGACAGCAGCGGGGACACUGGGGACAUUGGGGACGCUG